GCCAUUCAUCAAGCAGAUGUGAGGCGGGCUUAUUUUCGUAUUGUCCGCCUGAAUUCUUUUGAGCCGGAUGUCCGGGAUGUGUGCGUGUUUCACGGCCACGUGUGACCCAGGGUACCGUACCGUCACUCACACUCACCUGGGCACCAUGAAGGACCUCCUGAAGAUUCUGUCCCUCCUUGCCUUCGUAGUCGGCGCGGCGUCGGUAAAACCGCCCAGUAUGUUCGGCGGCAAGCUACUGGUCACCAAACAGAUAUACAUGGAUAUAGACAUAGGCGGAUUCAACAUCGGGCAGGUCGUGAUCGGGCUCUUCGGUAGGGUGGUUCCUCUGACUGUGGAGAACUUCCGAAUCCUAUGCUUGGGAGAAAAACUGCACAGCUAUGUCGGCACACCGUUCCACCGGGUAGUCAAGGGUUACUUCAUCCAGGGCGGCGACGUGGUCCACAAGGACGGAACUGGCGGAACCAGUGCCUUUGGAAAAACGUUUCAAGACGAAAACUUCCAGCUGAAGCACUGGGGUGAGGGGUGGGUCAGCAUGGCAAACGCUGAAGAACCAGACACCAACCAGUCCCAGUUCUUCAUCACAUUAACCAACUGUCACUGGCUGGACAAUAAACAUGUGGUGUUUGGAAAGGUGUUGGAGGGGAUGGACAUCAUACGCCACAUUGGAAACAUGGACCUUGAUGACAGAGAGCGCCCCAAGACUAACGUCAUCAUCUCUCAGUGUGGGGAGAAGAAAGCCGGCAUCACUAUGGUGGAUUUACCAGCGGGGCAUGACUCAGAUGAAUUCUAACAAACCUUUCUUUACAUUUUUUGUUCUUUUCUUUUUUCAAUUUUGAAUUAAUGUUUCUCCAGUGGAGAAAACUGGACCCCCAUUGCUUGUGCUUGCCAUAAAUGUGAAUGUUGUAUGAUUGUGGGUUUUGAAAUAUUAGUUAUUGCUGUUAGAGUUUGGUUUGAUAUUUGUACACCUGUUUGUGUACUCGUGUUUGCGUUCUUAAGAAUGUAAAACUAGAAUACCCUGACCUAUCACUGAUAUAAAAACGUUUUCAUAUAUAUACAUGGCCGUUAUAUGUAUAGAGUUAAUGGGAUUAUUACAACAAGAAAUGAGCCGAUAUUUCUUAAGUUGGACUUACGAAGUCAACAAACAAACAAACAAACAAGCAGUUAUUUUUCAUCAUCUUUACUUCAGGAAUACAUAAUACGUUGUAGGCAGCCUUGACCAAUCUACACAAUACUCAAUACAAAUAUAGAAGUACAAAGCUAGGAUUAGAAUUAAUGUUGAAUGCGUAAUAAAAUAUAUGGUGACUAUUA